CCCCCCCCCCUCCUUCGCCUCUCCUUCAGUCUCUUGGGCCCUGCUGCUGCUGCCUCUUCGCGCCCUUUUUCCGCCCUCCUCUUUCCCUCAGGCGAGUCAAUAUUUUGCUCCCCACCCCCUGAGGUGGAGCUGAAUAUAUUAAAGGCCCAGAGAUGAAGAACAGGCGGAUGAAGAGAUGGUGUUCAUAGGAAACCUGAAAACUCUUUUGCCGUGUGCUGUCAGAAAUCUAAUACGAUCAAAUAAACUCAGCAUUAGGAAUACUUCUGGAAUGGCAGAAGGUUUUAAACAGGCAAAUGUUAUUAUUCUACACAAAUCUCUUGCGGAUGACUUUGAAAUAUUUUGCCAAGCAAAUGAUGGUCCUCUUCCACUACUGUAUAGAAGUAAACCGGGUGAAUGGAAAUGCACAUAUCUGAGUAAUGAUUCUGAUAUUAGAACUGACUGUCCACAGUACAGAAAAUAUGAGCAUGGAGAAUGUACAGGAAUUCUGACAAGCCUGGAAGAAUAUUCCCGACAGCUUAAAGACAUGGUGACUUUCUAUCUAGGCUGCAGUUUCACAUUUGAAAAGGCACUUCAGGAAUCUGCUGUUCCAAUAAGAAAUGUAGAACAGAAAUGUAAUGUAAGCAUGUACAAGACUACUGUCCCUUGCUAUGGUACUGAAAGAUUUCACUGCAAUCUAAUAGUAACAAUGAGACCUAUUCCUCAAGACAAAUUGGAAGUAGUUGUGCAAACCACCCAUCGAAUGAAAAAGUCACAUGGAGCACCAGUUCACAUUGGUAACCCUGGUCUCUUAGGAAUCAAAAAUCUUUCCAGUCCAGAUUAUGGUGAUGCAGUACAGGCUCAUCCUGGAGAUGUUCCAGUCUUUUGGGCCUGUGGAGUAACAGGAAUAGAAGCUGUCUGUAAUUGCAAAUCUUCACUGGCUUUUACCCAUUCUCCUGGUUGUAUGUUUAUUACCGACUUGAAAGACAAUGAUGCUGUACCUGAUCAAGAACUCCCCAAAGUUUAUUGUAUCAGCUGGAAUCCUUUGUAUUACAGCAUCACAGCAACAGCAGCUGUACAAAAAAUCAGAUGUUUAGAAGAGACGAUAGGAGUAGACCCAGGGAACAGAGGUGUGAAACAUUUGUAUUCUCAGGGUGAACUCCUGAAAGCAUGUUUAUCCAUGUCCCAUGCCCAGUCGGUAUUGAUAACUACUGGAUUUCCUACCCAUUUCAAGUAUGAUCCACCUGAAGAGAAUGAUGGGCCCCCUGGAGCCAUUGCAAUGGCAGCCAUGUUGAAAGCCUUGGGGAAAAAUGUAGUCAUAGUGACUGAUCAAAGAGCUCUCAAUCUGAAUAAAAAGAUAAUCAAAGAGGCUGUUGAACAAGGAGUAAUGGAGACACCAGUUCCUGUAAUUAGCUAUCAUAGCCAUUCUGCAGAUUCAGCUCUGCAGUUCCUGUGUGAACAUGGAAAUACAGAAAAGCCUAGAUAUGACCACCUAAUUGCAAUAGAACGUGCUGGAAUGGCAGCUGAUGGAAAUUAUUAUAAUGCAAGAAAAAUUAACAUUAAACAUUUAGUGGAUCCCAUUGAUGAACUGUUUCUAGCUGCAAGAAAUAUCCCAGGAAUUACUACAUCAGGCAUUGGGGAUGGAGGAAAUGAAUUAGGAAUGGGAAAAGUGAAAGAAGCUGUAAAGAAAUACAUUUCAAAUGGAGAUGUUAUUGCUUGUAUUGUAGAAGCUGACUUUACAGUUACUGCAGGAGUUUCUAAUUGGGGAGGCUAUGCAGUUGCUUGUGCACUGUAUAUUCUUAAUACAUGUGAAGUACAUGAUCGUUACCUGAGGAAAGCUGUUGGGUUUCCCAGAUUAUCCAAGAAAGCAUGUUGGGCAUCAGCACUACCUUCUGUUGCUAAGGAAGAAAAGUUGCUCCACAUAUUACAGCAGAAUGAAGUCCGCAGUGGAAGAACUGCUAGUUUGGAAAUGGAAGUGGAUGGUCUGCCUUUCUAUAAUGUCCACUCACUUAUGAUAGAGAGGCUGUUGAAGGCAACUCUGAUGUAACCCUUCCUUAACAAGAGAUGAUAGGUUGGUCAUUUUAAAACACGUUUUGUUUAAUUCUUCCAGAGAGAAAAGUGCUAUCAUCCCCUUGUUAACAGAUACCAUUACAGUGGACCCUCAGUAUCUAUGGGGGUGUAGUUCCAGGACACACACACAGGUACGUUUGCAGUCUCUCCACAGAUUAUGAGCCUGCAGACAUAGUCUACCCCAUUGAGACUGUUGUAGAUAAACUAGCCUAUUGCUUGUGAAGUCUGUAGAAAUCUAAAUUACUCAGUAGACAUUCAAAAUUAUGCCUUCUUGAAUUAACUUUCUAAAAUUCAUUUGUACAGAUAUCUGCCUUUAUCAUAUUCAAAAACAAAUUGAUCUCUCUCUCUCUCUCUCUCUCUCUCUCACACACACACACACACACAUAUAUAUAUAUAUAUAUAUAUAUAGAGAGAGAGAGAGAGAGAGAGAGAUCAUCCAUCUAAGUCCUUAUCUUCCAGAUUAUUUAUUAAAACAAGAAUUCUGGCAGUAGCUACUUCUUCUGUUAUUAGAAAACAGUUCAACUGUCUAUUUUUUCCAUAAUUCGGUAAAACAAACAUAUUGGACACAUUUAGACAUAAUAUUAAACUGUGGUUUAGCAUUACAUGAUGGUAGGUCCAUCAGUUAUGCAGAAUGAAGGGACUGCAGUUACUCUGAAGCUGGGAGCAAUUGUUAAGUGUGUGCAUGAUGUGAACUCCUAUGAUUUAAAAUGAUUUAAAAUAAUCCGUUUUCCUUGGGUAUUAUGUAGAAUGGUGGCACAUCAGUGUGUGUUGAACAACAGUCUACUUGGCUUCAAUACCUAGAAUGGCUGUAAAGGGAACUGUCUUGCCUUGUCCCAGGCAGAAGACUUUCUUGGGCCAGCCCUGCACAAGUGAGCCUGGAAAAGGCUCCACUUCUCUUCUGCAGUCCUUCAUUCCGGUCUUCCCCCAGUGAGGCCUCAGGAAAGACAUCAGACUCUUUUACUUCCAUUUUAACUUGCACUUUUAAUUUAUACCCAGAUCAUGAGAAAUAUAAUUAUUCUUAAUUGUGAUUUAUUAAAUUAAAAAUCUGCUUCAAAUCAUAGUUCAUGAAGCUGGUUUGUAUCCAUAAAUCCUACUUAAAAUUGAUCACUUAAAAGAGAUAACACUAAACUGUGGUAGAUAAAAAAUUGAAACAAAACAUCAAUUCUUGUCUUUGUGACCAUGGUAGCAUUUUAUCUAAGCUCAUUGACUUGAUACUAAAUGAUGUAUCAAUGAUAGAAUUGUUUGGAGGACUUUGCCACUAAUGUCCACCUUUCAGAUGUCCCCUUUCUAUAAAUGGUAGAACUGUUCCUGUUCACAGAUGGGACUGAGAAUGCUAUAAUCUCAAGUCUGCAUCUCAUUCUCCAUGACUUUUUAAGACCAGCUUUUAGUAGAAUAUAACGCUGUGUUGUGUAAUGAUUUGAAUCUUGGGCUAAGAGUCCAUGAAGAUCAGGGUUCAGAUCCCCACUUUGCCAUGGAAACACAAUGGAUAGCCUUGGGGAAGUCAUACUCAGAGAAAGUCAAAGAUAUAUGCCCUCUCUGAACAAUUCUAACACAGAAAAACCCAUGCUAGGUUCAUCUUAGAAUUGCUUAGAAUUGGAAACAACUUGAAGGCACACAACAAACAAAAUCUGCAAGUGGAAGGGCAGGUCAGUGACAGUUGCCUCUCUGUCCUUGGUCCUUCAAGGAAACACGAUAUGAGAUGGAAUUUUUACCUGGAAGCAAUCUGGAGCCAGCCUUGUCAUUGGUAAAUGUUUUAAAAUAACAACAACAACAACAACAACAAUGCAACAUAAAUACAUUUAAAACAUAUAAUAAUAAAAGCAUGAAGAAUAUAAAAUAGAAUAAAAACAUACUCGCAGCAGAUAACCAAUAGCCAGGCGCAUUGAGCAUAUUCAAAAUUGGAGGCAAGGUAAUAAAUGUGUAUAUGUGCAAUAUCAUGCACCCUCUAAUAGGAUGAACCAGAAUAAAGUGCAGUGGCUGGGUAUAGGAGGAGGAAGAGGAUAAUCUGUAUUUAUGAAGAAUAAAUAGAGAUUCACAGUGCUGUUAUGGUUUAUUUGCCUUUGUGGCCAAGUUCUGCUAACCUAAACAUCUAUCUUUCACCUUUCCUCCUGAAUUACCUGAAAUUCCUAAACAAUCAAAAGUACUUCAUUUGUAAAAAAAUUAGCAUUACAGUAUAUGACUAUUUCAAUGUUAGUGUAUCCUCAGCAAUCUUUAGUAUUUGUAAUCUUUGUUAAUAAAUAUGUGGUUGAAUACAUCA